AUGUUCUCCGAGUAUGCAUCCAAGUUCCUCUCCCAGUCUCAGUCGCGGCUGUCACUGGGUCAGCCCGAGUCGACUUCAAGCCGCAACGCCCCCGACAGGCAACGUCCGUCCUCGCGAGCCGCCCAAGCUUACCUCCAGCGUCGCAACAUGCCGAACCCAUACAACUCGCAGGCCAUGAGCCGCUUCGCCUUCGCUUCACGGACAUCCAACGCGCCCGCGCCGCUCUUCUACUCUGCAACCGAUGACUUCCGCGAGGAGGACGACCAUGUUGAGCACGACCGCGAGAUGGCCGACCACUACGCGCUACAACGAUCACGGCGGCAAUUUGGCGCAAGCAACCUUUCUGAAUCGUCCGAAGUCGAAGAUGACCCGCAACGAUCGGACCAUACUAUAGGCGCGGACAGGGACGACAAUGAAGCGCCCGGGUACGGUCUCGGAAGAGGGAUUAAGAGCUCCUGGAAGGGCGACAAGCCAGCACGCGGAAGAUCAACCACCAUCAACAACCCCGAAGAUGAAGAACGUGAGUCAAGUGUACCGCUCUCCGAGACUACAGACCGCAGCAGUAGAGGAAGGGGCAAUCUCGUCGAUGUGGAGCUCGAUUCUACAGAUCGAGGCAGCAUAGAAGAGCUGGACCGAGACGAGCUCUUGGGUCAUCAGGACGAGCCACCACCACCAUUCCAACAGUUUCGCAACAUGCCGAGGCCGAAACGCGGUCGCAGUCCACUACGAAAUACCCUACCAAUACCACAGGAAACCGAUGAGGAUACCUUGCUAGAACAUCCACGGCCGAUAAGCCCAGAUCGCCAGACCGUGCCCGAUGUUGUACCAGAGAACCCAACGUCAGCGCCACGACAUAACUUUUUCUGGGCUGAGCUGUUCAUAAUCGUGCAAUGUGCCAUCUUUGGCACUUGGUUCAUCUCUCUGCUACAAGAGUCGCCCCCAAACAAGAAGAAUCCGUUGGGCGACACGAUAUAUACCUCGGAGUCCUAUGGCUCUCGCUACUUCGGUCCUUCGCUCGGCCUCUGGUGCAACUGA